AUGUUUUCAGGAGCAUCAGCAGAACUUCUGCGGAAGUCCCUACGGAGAUCGUGGCUGUUUAUCACGUGGAUCCCCGUUGUGUACACCUUCAACGAACAUGUGUGUUACAUAGGAAAGAUCGAGGGUUCGUCGAUGCGCCCCACCUUCAACCCUGCUGUCAACUCGUCGGAUUACGUGUUACUGUGGAAAUGGAAUAUCAGGGAUCCUGAGAAUCUCAACUACAAUGAUGUUGUGCUGUUAAAAUCGCCGAUGAAUCCACAGAAGGUGUUUGCGAAGAGGAUAAAGGGAGUGCAGGGCGACGUUAUAAUGACGAGGUAUCCUUAUCCACGAGAAAAAUGCACGGUUCCGACGAGCCACUUGUGGGUGGAAGGCGACAAUAUACAUUCCAUAGAUAGCAACACUUUUGGGCCCAUUUCCACAGGGUUGGUGGUUGGAAAGGCUACUAGGAUCAUCUAUCCUUUUAGCAGGUGGGGGGAGAUUCCCGAGGGCGGAAGAGAGUGCAGGCUGUCACGACUAAGCGAAUAUGCUUAA